AUGGCGACGACCACCACAACGAACGGGACCUCCAACUUCACGGUCACCAAACGGCCAUGGAAUGCCAGAGGCAACGCUGACCAUGGCUGGCUCUACACCUUCCACACAUUCAGUUUCGCAAACUACUUCGACCCGAAAUACGAAGGUUUCGGUCCUCUCAGAGUCAUCAACGAAGACCGCGUCCAAAGAGGUACCGGCUUUGGCAAGCACUCUCACCGAGAAUUCGGCAAGUUUCACAUGGUCACUGUGUAAAUGUAGCGCUUAUUGACACAAUCUUGCAGGCAUUUGGAGCUACAUUGUGAACGGCGAGCUCGAGCACAAAGAUUCGAUGGGCAACCUCGAAAACCUCCGCCGAGGCGAAGUACAGUUCACCAACGCCGGAACUGGUAUCAGUCACUCGGAAUACUGCCGAAACAAGCAAGAGGAUGUACACUUUCUACAGAUAUGGAGCAAGUUGAACGUUCGUGGCUUGCAGCCGAGCUAUUGUACGCGCAAGUAUACGGACGAGAUGAAGACGGAUAACCUCGUGAGAAUCAUAGAGUCGAAUGAGCGACACAGCGACAAAGACGGACCCACGGAGCCGAUUGAGAUACACGCGGAUUUGAGUAUGGAUGCAUCGAUCUUGGCUCCUGGCAGGAAGGUCGUCCAUGAGCUGGUGAAAGCUGGAGAAAGGAACGUAUAUGUCCAUGUGGUCAUGGGCGAUCGGAAACAGCCUCAGUCUGGCGGUGCCAAAGUCAGAGUCGGCGAUGUGGAGCUGGGCGAAGGAGACGGAGCCUUUGUUACAGGUGCCUCUGGUCCCGGCACGAUCGAAGUCGAAAGCGUAGGGGAGAAGCCAGCGGAGUUGUUGCUGUUCGACAUGGGAGAGAACUGA